AGAGCCGACUGGGUGUGGGAGAGCCCGCCGCCCGGCCUCCUGCCUUCCACCGGAGCUGCGCCGAGCCCGCACUCACUUCUUUCCUUCUCCUGAAUUUGAACCACCGAACCCACCGUCUCGUCUGCCACACGUGAGGCCUGGGGCGAUGGACCCGUUUACAGAGAAGUUGCUUGAACGAACCCGUGCCAGACGAGAGAAUCUUCAGAGAAAAAUGGCUGAGAGGCCCACGGCAGCAGCAAGGUCUGCACAUGCUAAGCGAGGCAGAGAGCCACUUUCAGAAGCCAAUAAUCAGCAGUCCCUCUCAGGGGGUGAAGAGAAAUCUUGUACGAAACCAUCACCAUCAAAAAAACGAUGUUCUGACAAAAUUGAAGUUGAAGUUUUGGACUUGGAAAAUAAAGAACCUGUUGAGCCAACUGCUGCAAAACCUUGUUCUCCAAGGCCUGAACCCCCUCAGGCCCAGCCCCCAGCACCAGCUGCCAUCAGUGAUUCUGCGGCUGCCCCAACAUCGCUGCUCAGCAUGGGCAGAGGGCUGAACUCAAGAUCAGAAGCAUCUGCCGCCUCCUCUGUUAAAACUCGAAUGCAAAAACUUGCUGAGCAACGGCGCCAUUGGGAUAGUGAUAUAGCAGAUGAUGUAUCGGAAGGCUCACACUUCUCACCAGUGCCAUCUGAGGAAAAGGCUGCUUCUCCUUCCAAGCCACCCCUUUCAAAUGCCUCAGCUACCCCAGUUGGGAGAAGGGGCCGUCUGGCCAACCUUGCUGCGACGAUUUGCUCCUGGGAAGAUGAUGUAAGCCACUCAUCUGCAAAGCAAAAUAGUGUACAAGAACAGCCUGGUACCACUUGUUUAUCCAAAUCUUCCUCUGCAAGUGGAGCAUCUGCUAGCAUCAAUAGUAGCAGUGUUCAACAGGAAGCUACAUGCUGUUCCCAAAAGGAUAGCAAUGCCUCUGUCAGUAAAGCUCCAUCUUCAAGUGCUGCCGAUAGAUCAUUGCUUAAAGCCUCAGCGUCCAGCUCUGUGAAAGCCACCUCUUCCCCUGUGAAAUCUGAGGCUCUCACCCCCAGUACUAAGAGCUGUGAGGCACAAAUUCCUGAGAUACUUCACAGAAGCGUUAGUCCUCUGAAAACAGAGGCAUCGAAGCCAAGGGAGAAAGCAGCUUUACCCCAGGCAGUUCAGACCAAAGAGGAAGCAAACAGGGACUUUUGUCUGCAGUCCCAACCCAGAGACAAACCUGCAACACCAGGAGGAAGAGGAAUUAAGCCUUUCCUGGAACGCUUUGGAGAGCGUUGUCAAGAACACAGCAAAGAAAGUCCAAGUUACAGAGCAUCCCAUAGAACCCCCAACAUCACUCCAAACACAAAGGCCAUCCAGGAAAGGUUAUUCAAGCAAAACACAUGUUCUUCUACUACCCAGGUAGCCCAGCAGCUCAAACAGGAACGUGAAAAAGAACUAGCAUGUCUUCGUGGUCGAUUGGACAAGGGCAAUUUAUGGAGUGCAGAAAAGGAUGAAAAGUCAAGAAGCAAACAGCUAGAAACCCAAAAGGAUAUUCACUGUCAGAAUACUCCCCUCAAGAAACAUCAAGUUGUUCCAAACACCCCAUCGGCUGCUGUAAAAGAUAAAGUGGCCGAAAAUCAAACUGCAGUGAAGAUCUCUAGUGCAGAACCUUCAGGUUCCACUGAAAGCAAAAUGACCAAGUCCAGCCCUUUGAAAAUAACAUUGUUUUUAGAAGAGGAAAAGUCCUUAAAAGUCGCAUCAGACCUGAAGGCUAAGCAGGAAACUGAAGUAGUGCGUGAAAUUGAAAUGAAUGUGGAUGAUGAUAUCAAUAGCUCCAAAGUCAUUAAUGACAUCUUCAGUGAUGUCCUAGAGGAGGGAGAACUGGACGUGGAGAAGAGCCAAGAGGGGCUGGAGCGAGUGGACACAGAGAACAGCGAAGAGCAGGAAGAUGCACUGAAUAUCUCUUCAAUGUCUUUGCUUAGCCCCUUGGCUCAGACAGUUGGUGUGGUAAGUCUAGAGAAUGUAAUUUCUUCACCCAAAUUGGAGUUAGGAGACACUAGCCCAAGUGCUGCAAGUCCCAAGCCAGGAAAAUUCCAGAGGACCCGUGUUCCUCGAGCCGAGUCUGGUGAUAGCAUCAGUUCUGAGGAUCGUGAUCUUCUCUAUAGCAUCGAUGCAUACAGGUCUCAAAGGUUCAAAGAGGCAGAACGUCCUUCCAUAAAGCAAGUGAUUGUUCGAAAAGAAGAUGUUGCUUCAAAAUUGGGUGAAAAGAAUAAUGUCUUUUCUUGUCAAGUUAAUAUCAAACAAAAAAUGCAGGAGCUCAAUAAUGACAUAAAUUUGCAGCAGACAGUGAUCUAUCAGGCCAGCCAGGCUCUGAACUGCUGUGUUGAUGAAGAACAUGGGAAAGGAUCCCUGGAAGAAGCUGAAGCAGAAAGACUUCUUCUGAUUGCAACUGAGAAGAGAGCUCUUCUGAUUGACGAACUGAAUAAGCUGAAGAAUGAAGGGCCUCAGAGGAGGAAGAAGGCUGGUAUCGUGUCUCAGAGUGAAUUUGUUCCAUCCAAAGGGUCAGUCACUUUGUCAGAAAUCUGCUUGCCUCUGAAAGCAGAUUUUGUCUGCAGCACCGCUCAGAAACCAGAUGCAUCAAAUUACUACUACUUAAUUAUGCUAAAAGCUGGAGCUGACCAUAUGGUCGCCACACCAUUAGCAAGUACUUCAAACUCUCUGAGUGGUGACGCUCUGACAUUUGCCACCACAUUUACUCUGAAUGAUGUUUCCAAUGACUUUGAAAUAAAUGUUGAAGUUUACAGCUUGGUACAAAAGAAAGAUUCAUCAGGCCCUGAUAAGAAGAAGAAAGCAUUAAAGUCCAAGGCUAUUACUCCAAAGAGACUUCUCACAUCUAUAACUUCAAAAAGCAACCUUCAUUCUUCAGUUAUGGCCAGUCCAGGAGGUCUCAGUGCUGUGCGCACUAGCAACUUUACCCUUGUUGGAUCUCAUACGCUGUCAUUAUCUUCCGUUGGAGACACUAAGUUUGCUUUGGACAAGAUAAAUUUUGAUGUAAGAGAACAGGAGCUACUGGGCUAUUUGUUCCAGGAAAAGGUACCUUUUUUAUCUCCUUUGGAAGGUCAUAUCUGCUUAAAAAUCAGCUGUCAAGUGAAUUCAAGUGUUGAGGAGAAAGGUUUCCUAACCAUAUUUGAAGAUGUUAGUGGUUUUGGUGCCUGGCAUCGAAGAUGGUGUGUUCUCUCUGGAAACUGUAUCUCCUACUGGACUUACCCAGAUGAUGAGAGGCGAAAGAGUCCCGUAGGAAGGAUAAAUCUGGCCAAUUGUAUCAGUCAUCAGGUAGAACCAGCCAACAGAGAAUUCUGUGCAAGACGCAACACUAUGGAAUUAAUUACUGUCCGACCACAAAGAGAAGACGAUCGAGAGACUCUUGUCAGCCAGUGCAGGGACACACUCUGUGUCACCAAGAACUGGCUCUCUGCAGACACUAAAGAGGAACGGGAUCUCUGGAUGCAGAAACUCAACCAGGUGAUUGUCGAUAUUCGCCUCUGGCAGCCUGACGCUUGCUACAAGCCCGUUGGAAAGCCUUAAACUGUGGGAACUUUCGCAUCAUGGAGAGGCUUCGCUAGCUGUGUCAAAAUGUGUCUUAAGAAGACAUAUAGUUAGGAGCAUCAUUUGCAAGUUGUAUUUUAUGCUUUAGAUAUAAAGGGUCUGUGCAAAUAUUCACUACAUAUUAUGCAGUAUUUAUUUCCUUUUAUGUAAAACUUCACCUAGUUUCUCUUGCAUUCAUCAGUGUUUGAGAGUCAAUUCAUGGUAAUUGAUUUGCUAAAUCUUAAGAGUCUCAUUUUCUAGACACCUAAUUAGCCAGUUAUUUGUGGCAAAAAAGAAAAAAAAUCAUUAAGUUCUGAGUUGUCUUUUGGAGCUGCAGGUUUUGAGGUGUCAGAUCUCCUGUAGGUCACAAACAGAAACCUCUGAUUUGAUGAUUCUUUCUCCAGUCUCAGUGAUUUUUUUUUAAAGGGGGGUGAUCAUUCAUGGGUCGUGAUAUGGUGUGUAGAGUACUAAACACACUCUCAGAGGGUUUGCAGAAACAUGUUUUUUUUUUUCAUUUUUUUAUUUUAUUGAGAAUAACAGAAACAUGUUUAAUGAUGGAAAUGAGAGAAAACAACAGAGGCUUGUUAGUUUAAUGUGGCCUUGGGCUGCUUUCUGGAGAGCUGUGGACAUAAGUGACGCUAUCUGAUAUUUGGGGCUAAAUAUUUUCUAUAAAAGCAUUAAGAAUCACAUGGCUCGCAUUCACUCCAUUUCUAUCUAUGCAGUGUGGUGCACAUUUCCAUAGUGUUCAGGCUUUAUUAAAUAGUUAUUUUUUCAUAUAGCUUAGAGAUUCUUCAUAUUAACAUAUUAAUUUUUCUUUUAUAAGAACAAAUAUAAAGUAAAGAACAUUUACAUAAAAAGAUUUAAACUUUUACCAAGCUGCUGUGAACUACUACUUUGCUUGCCAAAGUUCUUGUCUUUUUCUUUCCUUUCAUAUCCAUCUAUGACAGUUUCUAGAAGUGUGUUGAGAUCAUUGACAAACAGGAAGUCAUGUUCCCUUUAAAAGCCCAACACCUUCUUGCAGUUUAGAAACGCGGAAGUGCAUGGCUCCGGUUUUCAGUACAGUUUGUUUGUCUUCUCCGACUGUGAUUGAUGGUUUCAUUUAUAAACACUAAAUUCUGUCACCUGCUAUUAUAUUUGUUACUCAUCUAAAUGUCUUUUCUUAUGUAUAUUAUAAAAAUAUUUUAUGACUGCCUACAUAAAUAAAUAAUUGUAAAUGGUCAAAAGAAUCAUUUAUUUAAGAAA